AAGAAAAAAAGUAGCAAGUGUUUGCCGCGUGGUUUCAUUCUUGGAAAGUUCCUCGGAAUAUUUUGAUUCAUUUUGGAAUAUUAAUCAAAAUGGCUUGCAAGAAUCCGAAAAAAUUCUUUCCAAUUCGUAAGUCUCCGGUUCUUCGAGAUGGAGCUUUUAAGGGGAAAUUAGUAUUGGUCACUGGCGGAGGUACCGGUAUUGGAAAAGCCAUCGCAACAACAUUUGCUCAUUUGAGAGCCACCGUCGUCAUUGCUGCUCGUAGAAUGGAAAAAUUGGAGCAAACUGCUAGAGACAUAACAAAGAUCACCGGUGGAACAUGUGAACCUUUCCAAAUGGAUAUUAAAGACCCAGGCAUGGUCAGCGAUGCCUUCGAUAAAAUUGAUAUGAAAUUCGGAAAAGUUCCAGAGAUCUUGGUCAACAAUGCAGCUGGUAAUUUUAUUAUGGCAACUGAGCUUCUCUCUUCAAAUGCAUAUGGAACAAUUAUUGAUAUUGUGCUCAAAGGAACAUUCAAUGUUACAACUGAGCUCGGAAAACGUUGUAUUCAGAACAAGACAGGUGCCUCAAUCACUUCCAUUACUGCUGGUUAUGCACGAGCUGGUGCUCCAUUCAUUGUUCCUUCUGCUGUUUCUAAAGCUGGAGUUGAGACAAUGACAAAAUCAUUGGCAACCGAAUGGUCAAAAUAUGGUCUUCGUUUCAAUGCAGUAUCUCCUGGACCAAUUCCAACAAAAGGUGCAUGGGGAAGAUUGAAUUCGGGAGAAAUGGGUGAUAUCGCCGAAAAAAUGAAGUUUUUGAAUCCAGAGGGUCGCGUUGGGUCACCUGAAGAAGUUGCAAAUUUAGUUGCAUUUAUUUCUUCUGAUCAUAUGUCAUUUUUGAAUGGAGCGAUUAUUGACUUGGAUGGUGGCCAACAACAUUUCAAUCAUGGUUCCCAUAUGGGCGACUUUUUGCACUCAUGGGAUCACAAAAAUUGGGAAGAUGCUGAAAAUCUCAUUCGCGGAAGAACUGGAAAAGAGAAAGCUUAAACUAUUCAAUUUUUAAUAAAUUAUUCGCUGAGAAAAUCCAUUAUAAGAGAACGAGUAAAAUGAUUCUUAUGUAGAAUU